GGCGCGCGCCCGGCAGAUGCCCGCAGCUCUUUGAUUGGCCACGUGACACCUGCUGUAGGUGUCGUGAAUGACCAACGAUGCGCGGACAGGGGUUGCGCCAGCCAUGGAAACGAUGAGCACACGAAUAGGGGCACACUUUCCCGGGUUAGAGAGGGGGUUGGUGGGGGAGAUACAUCAUAGAGAUACGUCUUUUGACAUGGUUGAUGACGUCUGGAUCAGAGAGGAUGAUGGCCAAGAUGAGGUGGAUGUGAUCAAUUACUUUGCACUUCUUAGCGCUGUCUACGUGGAUGGGGGAAGCGGGGUGGAUGAGCAGGCGGAAGAAGAUGUCUUCAACUUUGACACUGAUGAGGACAGCGACACGCCCUUUUACACGGAUGAUGACGUCGGCCAGGGAGAGGCUGAUGGGCAAGAUGAGGGCGAUGUGGCCAAAUACUAUGCACAUCUUACCGCGGUCUACGAGGAUGGGGGAAGCGGGGAGGAUGAGCAGGUGGGAGAAGACGUCGUCAACUUUGACUCUGAUGAUGACGGCGAUAUGCCUUUUCUCACACAUGAUGACGACUGCCAGCGAGAGGUUGACGGGCAGAAUGAGGGCGAUGUGGCCAAACACUCUGCACAUCUUACCGCAGUCUACAAGGAUGGGGGAUUGCAGGAUGAUGAAGGCUUCGUGCUGCAGGGGGAUGGUGACCAGCCGGAGGUGGGGGAGGAGGAGCAGGGGUCUAUGGUAGAAGCGGGGGUUAACUUGGAUAAGGAACAGAGAAUGGAGGAGUGGGAGGUUGCACAGGGGAUCAUGGCAGAGGCGGUGGCUGCCGUGGAGGACAGGCAGGUGAUGGGCGAGACCGGUGACAACGGUGGGAGGGCUGACAACACAAACGACAAAAAAAAUCACAACACGGUGAUCACGGCAGGGGUGGUGGCUGUAGUGGAUGAGAGGCAGGGUGGGGUGAGCUACGUUUUUCAGACGUUAUCAUCUCCUCACAACAUUGAAUAGGGGAUAAGUGCUUUAUCAGCAGAAGGGCAACUCUUCCCCUGUGUGAGGGGAAGUAAUCAACGCGUCUCCUCUUU